AUGGGGUGCAGUGGUGAUCGUGAAAAAGGAGCGGUUCGAAUGGAGGAGAAAUGGGACUAUGUGAAUCUCCAUGACUUCAAGUCCGACUCCUGCUGGACGCCUGUCUCCUACUUCUUCCUCUGGGUGUUCUUACUUGUUUCAAUUUCUGUCUAUAGCGUCGACACCUUCACCGCCGUCAAUUUGCUGGCUUUCUCUCGCUGGGCCGGCCGCGUCGAACCCGCCAUUCCGUUCAAGAUUUCUCGUUGGAUCUUCGCUGUCUGUAUCCUUGUCUCUUUCACCCUUCUCAUCUAUCGGUGGAUGCUUGCAAUUCGCGCGAUGCGCUCCGGUAGCAUCGCCCGGAGCUAUUUGGACCCUCUGGCGGUUCGCGUUCAGUGUUUCCGUGUUUUCACCAAGGAAGGGCACGGCUGGAGGCGGUUCUUGGUCUUUGCUGAAUUGACAAAGAGUAAGAAGGGGGCUGAGUAUGUGGCUUUAUACGCAUAUUUCUCCUUUCAGUCCUGGAUGAACACGAUCUUCGCCGAUGGACCACGUCAAGUCCUCAAUGCCAUUACGCUGUAUUCUGUCAUGCAGGCCGACCUUCUCCCAGGAGGUAAAAAUGCGGCUAAGGACGAUGGCAGCUCAGAUAUUCUGCAAUUUUUCAACAACGUCAAGAUUCUCGCAGAGGAUAACAACCUGCAGGCCGUGGUCUUGUUCGGUAUGCUGUUUACCCUAGUUAUCUGGGUCCUGUCAGUUUUGAAACUGGCGUCAGCAGUCAUCCUCUACCUCAUAUUCCUUUACCAUCAUAUUCCUUCUGAGGAUGGCACACUCAAGGUGUACUGCCGUCGUAAGAUUAGCAGCCGACUGACGCUCAUUGUCCGGAAGAAGGUCAACAAGGCUCUCGCAUCAGGCUUCAAAUUACAGGAUCGCGCACCGACACAGCCUAGCCUGGGAGGUGCGGACGCAAAACCAACCUUGCCCUCCCUACCUUCUGUCGACAUGGACAAGAGCCCUGUAGUGACUACUUUGUCGCGCAGUACCACCGAAACUACUUUACCUCCUUAUACGCGAUCAAACUCCACUGCGAUGGAGAAAAACCCGACCCUGCCGAAUCUUGAUUUUGACAGCAAACCGUCACUCACUCGAACGACCACCCAGUCAUCUGCCAUGUCUGAGUCGGCCUCGUUGACUGGUAAUGCGGCUAUGAUGGGAUAUAGCCCUCUGGAUCGCCAAACCUCACCGAUGCCUCCUGUUCCGCCUCUUCCUGCAACUAUGCCUCCCUCGAGGACAGACACAGCCCACUCGCGCCGUACGCCUGGGCCGCCGCCGUUCGCCAAUGAAGCUGGUCGCAACAGCCCGGGACCUGGAAUGCGCAGCCUGACCGAUUCCGGUGCUCAGCCAUACCGCCCGUUCAGCCCUGCAGUUGAUCCCUAUGCUCGAUCGAAUACGCCCAGCAUGGCGCCUUCCAGCGACUACAUCGGUCGUUCACAUACCCCCGCCGCGCCCGCCGCCCCGACCGCUCCCUAUGAUCCUUAUGGACCUCCUGCGGGUUACUAUGGUGCACCGGAAGAUGAUGAAUACGAGAUGGGUUCUGAGACCCCCUACAACCAGAGGGUGGCACCGUCUUACCCACAGCCAGGCUAUCCGCCCCAAGACGGAUACCAGGAUAGAUCAUAUACACCAGCCAGCACCGGUGCGAGAGCCGGUCCUCCACCAGGUCGGUCAAUGACUCCAGCCAGCACCGGUGCGACACCCCAUUCUCCACAGGAUAGGUCAUAUACACCAGCCAGCACCGGUGCGACACCCCGCCCUCCACAGGACAGGUCAUAUACACCAGCCAGCACCGGUGCGACACCCCGUCCUCCACCAGGUCGGUCAAUGACUCCAGCGAGCUAUCGCAGUAUGGCGGGCCGCGAACCAGACGGACAAAUGGGACCCCCACCGCGAAACUACACACCCUUCACCCCCGACAGUCCAGCUGGCUCCCAGAGCGGGUACGCGCCAUUCAACCCCAACCAUCCUCCAAUGUCCUCCCAAACAUCACAACCUCGCAUGCAAAGACCCCCUGGUCCAUCUGGCUACCAGCCCUUCACACGCGCCAAUACGGCGUCCCCCUCAGCAAUGAACCGCCCCGGUCCACCUGCGGGUUACGGCUUCAAUCGUGCAAAUACAGAUCAAUACUAA